AUGUUAUCCGUGACUCAUCAGUGUCAGUACAAUAAAAUGGCUCUUACGCUUACCGACGUGCCAAAGUUCCUCUGCGCCUUCCUCUUCCCGCCUCUCGGUGUGUUCUUGGAAAAAGGUUGCGACUACCACUUAGCAAUCGCCAUCGUUCUCACGUUACUCGGAUACAUACCCGGGAUCAUCUAUGCUUGUUACGUCAUCCUGGCUUAUUAGAAGACACUGCCAAAAAAUUUCCAACGAGUUAUGAGCCGAUUACAUUCCUUAUUUGCGUCAUGGUGACGCCGAUUUUCGGCUGAAAAAUGUUCAAGAUAUUCUACUCAUUUUCAAGCGCAAUCGUCAUAUUAUUAUCGUUCAAACGAUUUGUAUUAUACA